GUUAAGCUCUUAAAAGUUGUCCACUCAAUAAAGGUAACGACAAUCUCAAGAAUGCUUAUAAAAUCUCCUCCAUGGUAUCGACGCAUCAGCCAUUCUAUACCACAAAAAGGCCAAAAAGAAGAGGGCAAAAAUCAAACAUGAGUGCGUGCAAGAGCUCAGUAAUAACGACGUCCAGUGAGGACGAAGAUGAGUUCUUGUUCGCCAUGGAAAUGAAUGCGCUGAUAGGCAUCCCCAUGGUGCUGAAGGCCGCCGUUGAGCUUGGCAUCCUGGAGAUGCUGGCCGAGGGCGGGCCAUCUGGCUCAGCUCCACCGCUCUCCCCUGCCGAGAUUGCAUCGCGCCUGUCUACGAAGAACCCUGAAGCCCCCGUCACUCUGGACCGGAUGAUGCGGCUUCUCGCAAGCAACUCCAUCCUCUCGUGCACUCUCGCCCACGGCCCAGACGGGGACACCCGGAGGCUUUACGGCUUGGGACCGAGGAGCAAGUACUUUAUGAGAGCCCGCGGGGCAUCGACAUUCGCUGCGCCCUUGCUGCUUCUCUUGACCGACAAAGUCAUGACGAGCGGCUGGUACUGCUUAAAAGACGCGAUUAUGGAAGGAGGAAGGCCCUUCGAACUUGCAAAUGGCAUGAACGUUUUUGAGUACACAAGCGAAGACGACAAGUUCAACGAGAUAUUCAACAACGCCAUGCAAGGCCCAACCAACGUUUACAUGAACAAAAUCGUUGAGCUUUACCGUGGCUUUGACAAUGCCAAGACGGUUGUCGACGUUGGCGGCGGUGUCGGGGCAAGCCUGAGGAUUAUAGUGUCGAAACACCCACACAUUCAUGGUAUCAACUUUGAUCUGCCUCAUGUUGUCAGAGAGGCACCUUCUAUUCCUGGUAUUGAACAUGUCGAAGGGGACAUGACGAAAUACAUCCCUAAAGCAGACGUCAUUUUAAUGAAGUGGAUAAUUCACGGUGGAGACGACGAGUUUUGUGUUAAGGUAUUGAAGAAUUGCAGGGAGGCACUGCCGGAUAAGGGCAAGGUGGUGAUCGUGGAUGCGGUCAUUCCAGAAUAUCCGGACACCGACAGGGUGACCCGGAACGCAUUCUUAGCAGACAUAAGCAUGCUGAAUGUCAGUCCCGGGGGGAAGGACCGGACGGAGAAAGAGCUCGAGGUCAUGGCACAUGCGGCCGGUUUUGACGCCCCGAAACUUGUGUGCCGAGCUUACAACAUGUGGGUAGUCGAACUACACAAGAAGAUCUGACUUCUUGUGGCCAGCGAAUGCUACUGGUUUCAUCCUUAAUUAAUAAGUCCGCUUGUUGUGGACUCCUUUGAAUUGUCAAGUGGGUCUAGAGAUUACUAUGGGAACUUUUGUAUUUGGUCUUGUUGGACUAAGGUCUACUUUGUUUGCCUUCAUUCCAAGAAAUAAU